CAUGCAGAAAUGUGAGGCGGCUCUCUUCCUGGUGCUUGCUGCUGAUAGCAAAAUGGGGUCCGGCGACAGCGAUUACUUGGGUUUCCCAGCUCUGCAGACCCAGGAGGGGUCCUGUAAUGUACCUACCAUGCGGUCUGCUUUGAAAGCAGACGGACUUCUCAUGGACUGAGGAGACUUGGUUUAUUUUAAUUUUUAAAUUUAUUUUUGGAAGAUGAAAUGCUUUUCUCGUUACCUGCCUUACAUCUUCAGACCUCCGAACACCGUCCUCGCCUGCAGCUGCCACACAGAAGCUGACAUUAUCUCUACAGUAGAAUUCAACCACACAGGAGAAUUACUAGCGACAGGGGACAAGGGGGGUCGAGUUGUAAUAUUUCAACGCGAGCAGGAGAGUAAAAAUCAGCCCCAUCGUAGGGGAGAAUACAAUGUUUACAGCACGUUCCAGAGUCAUGAACCCGAGUUCGAUUACCUGAAGAGUUUGGAAAUUGAGGAGAAGAUCAAUAAAAUACGAUGGCUCCCACAGCAAAAUGCAGCCUACUUCCUUCUUUCCACCAAUGAUAAAACUGUGAAGCUAUGGAAAGUUAGUGAACGAGAUAAAAGACCUGAGGGCUAUAAUCUUAAGGAUGAAGAUGGCCGCCUCCGAGACCCCUCCAUGAUUACAAUGCUACGGGUUCCUGUACUAAGGCCCAUGGAUCUGAUGGUAGAGGCCACUCCUCGAAGAGUAUUUGCCAAUGCACACACAUAUCACAUCAAUUCCAUAUCCGUAAACAGUGACUAUGAAACCUACAUGUCAGCUGACGACCUGAGAAUAAAUUUAUGGAACUUUGAAAUAACCAAUCAAAGUUUUAAUAUUGUCGAUAUCAAGCCAGCCAACAUGGAGGAGCUAACAGAGGUGAUCACUGCAGCGGAAUUCCAUCCACACCACUGCAACACCUUUGUAUACAGCAGCAGUAAAGGGACGAUAAGGCUGUGUGACAUGCGGGCAGCCGCCCUGUGUGACAGACAUUCCAAAUUUUUUGAAGAGCCUGAAGACCCAAGUAACAGAUCGUUUUUUUCUGAGAUCAUCUCCUCAAUUUCUGAUGUUAAAUUCAGUCACAGUGGAAGGUAUAUCAUGACCAGGGACUAUCUCACCGUGAAAGUGUGGGACCUGAACAUGGAGAAUAGGCCUAUUGAAACAUACCAGGUACAUGAUUAUCUCCGAAGCAAACUGUGCUCACUCUAUGAGAACGACUGCAUCUUCGAUAAAUUUGAAUGUGUGUGGAAUGGGUCUGACAGUGUCAUAAUGACCGGCUCCUACAACAAUUUCUUUAGAAUGUUUGACCGCAACACCAAGCGUGAUGUAACCCUGGAGGCCUCUAGGGAAAACAGCAAACCCCGGGCCAUACUCAAGCCCCGCAAAGUAUGCGUUGGGGGCAAACGGAGGAAAGACGAAAUUAGUGUGGACAGUCUGGACUUCAGCAAAAAGAUCUUGCAUACAGCUUGGCAUCCUUCAGAAAAUAUCAUUGCAGUGGCUGCAACAAAUAAUCUGUAUAUAUUCCAGGACAAGGUUAACUAGGAGGACGAGUUAUUUAGGAAUCUCAUGUACUGAAUACUAGUAAACACAAGUUUUAAAAUUUUUCUUUUCUUUUUCCUCCUCCCUGUUCAUUUGUUUAAUUAUUCCUCUGCAGAUAAGGUGUAGAGGCAUGCAAAUAGAUUCCAAUAUCCCCUACCUCCCACUCACCUUAAAGCAACAAGUUGGCAAACCCAGUAAGUUCUGGCAUCAUGGUUUUGUUUGGGGUUUUUUAAGAGUUGAGAGCUAACAGAUGUAAUGAUCUCUUCAGUAGCUGGCUCAGAUUUCUGAUGCUUUUAUUACAUCCGGUACUCUUUGGUGGUUCCUAGUGUUGUUUGGUUCUAGACGUCUGCUGGUUUAAAUUGAGGUUAAUACUGUAGUAUGGUAUUUAAAAAUUCAACUAAGGUCAGAAAAGAAGGUGUGUGCGUGUGUGUGUGUAUUGUUCCUAAUUAAGCAAUUCCAGAGUUCUUUUAGUAUCAUUUGAGAUGUUCCAUUUGCAGAAUAAUGUUGACCUUGCCAAUGUUCUUUUAAAUUUCUUUUUUAUCUCCCAUUUCUUUUUUCCCCCAGUGGAGACAGUAAAACAGAAAAUGGAAAGAUCAGAUUUCCAGUGGGACAGGUUUAAAAUCAGGGGGAGGGAAGAGAUAGGAGGGAAAGAUCAACCAUACACUCUUAAUCAGGGCUGCUACCUUCUGUCUUCGCGUCCCACAGAAACUCUUAAGAAUUUGGCUCUGUAGAUACUGUGGUGCCUUUUUUGGUAUUUGACAUACCUUUAUAAAUAAUGCUUCCAAAAUGCAUCUGUUGCAAACCAAAAUGAAUCUAGGCGUUUUGCCUGCAUUUCCUGUGUUUUGCUUUAGUCACUUUUAAUUGUUCUGUUAUAAUCUCUUGCAUGUCUUACUGUUCCUUUUUUUAAUGUAUUUAUUUAUUUAUUUAGAAUUACAAAAGCUAAGUUACUAAUUUAUAAAUUGUAAAAAAAAAAAAAAAAAAAUUACAACUACUACCACAUCCUGCUGUCAGCACUGAUUGCUUUGAAGAGAGGGUGUCCAUGGUUCUGUGGUAUAAUAGUAAUAAACAAGAGCUCUUCUCUUUGCAUGGCAAGGCUGCCCCUAAGGAUUACUCAGGUCCCUUUAUCUGAACAAUUGUACAAUACACAAAUGAAAUGUUAUUCCAUUUUAGCUACAUGGUGGUCAAUGUGCUGGUCAUUCUUGUGGUUUGUGAACAAUGGGCAAGAGACAACAGCUGAGGAUUGGCGCAGUGAAAUUUACUAGAUUUUUUUUAAAGGCAAAGUAUACUCUUCAAAGCCUCUUUUGUAAGGCAUGAGUUGGAUUUCCAGCAUGUCCUUCAAGACCUACCAACUCCUAUACUUUAUAAGAAAGACUGACUUCCACUUACUUGUGGGACUUAAAUACCACAAGGAAAUUACACAAAAUCGCACAGCUGCUGGGGACCUUGACUUAAUAUCUUUGGGGCAUGAGGAAGUCACUGUUGAAAUACUUGGAACCAAGCUUCUAAUUAUUAUUUAACUACUUAAUUCCCUGUCAGCUGUUCAUGAGAUUGCUCAGGACAGAGACAGGUACGUUUGCCUUGUUUAAAGGAAUGAUUACAAGGAAAAAUGUAUGCUGGCUUAUAAAUUUAUUACCAAUAAUGGCUUUCAGGAGUAACCUGGUUUUUUUUUAAAUGAAAUGGUUAAAAAAUAGCAAGAGUAAACAAGUCAUUUUUUAAAAAAAUAUUUCCUGUAAAGAGAGCCUGCACUCUGGCAUCAGAAGUAAAAUUGUCUCAAAUGUG